AGAGAGAGAGAGAGAGAGAGAGAGAGAGAGAGAUGGGAAGGAAGCCAUGCUGUGCAAAGGAGGGGCUUAACAGAGGGGCAUGGACAGCUCACGAAGACCACAUCCUCAAGUCCUACAUUGACACCCAUGGAGAAGGCAAAUGGAGGAGUCUCCCCAAGCGAGCAGGUCUAAAGAGAUGUGGGAAGAGCUGCCGUCUGCGGUGGCUCAACUACUUGAGGCCGGGUAUUAAGCGUGGCAACAUAUCCGACGACGAAGAUGAACUCAUCAUCAGACUCCACAAGCUCCUCGGUAACAGAUGGUCUCUAAUUGCAGGAAGACUGCCAGGGCGAACAGACAAUGAAAUCAAGAACUACUGGAACACCACACUGGGGAAGAAAGCUUACGGCAAGGCAUAUCAACCAAAGCCCUGCAUGAGUAAUAACUCCGCCGCCGGUCCAGCUGCGAUCACAGCGAAAGCCGCCCCGGAUCACACGGCCGUCGUCGUCCAGACCAAGGCCCAGAGGUGCACCAAGACAUUCUUCCACCACGACCAAGCACUACUCGUGUCGUCAUCUACCCAUCAACAGCAUCUUCAGCCGGCAUCGAAGCCGUCCAUGAGCCCCCCGAAAGCCUCUCCUGAUGCUCCUGCUAAUGCCGACCCGUCCCGUGCCGCUGGUGACCUCCCACUGACAGUAGGUGAAGAAGACGAGGAUCCCUGCUUCAGCAUGUCUCUCGAUAGCACGUUCCUUCUCAGUGGCCUCUCCACCGAGUUCUGGAUGGAGAGUGAUUCCCUUCAACCGCACAUUGAGUUCAAUCUCAGUUCAGUAACAGCUUUUCUUGACGCAGACGACGACUGGCUGAACUGGACACCAAGUUGUUGAGGAAAGAGAUUCCGAUGUGGUGCAAAGCAAUAAGAAAGUUUGAUGGGGAAAUCUCACUCAAAAGGAAAAGGUGAAAAGAAAUAUGACUGUACAACUCAUUUUGCGUGUAGUUUUUGCACA